AUGCUGGCUUCGCGCUUGUCGAGGGCUCUUCCCCGAGCUUCCCCUCUCGCCGCUCGCUCGGCUGCUUUCACCCGAUCUCCUCUGGCUGCCAAGUUCGCUCGCUAUGAGUCCACUGAGUCUGACGGCAAGGUCCAGGGUGCCGUGAUCGGUAUCGAUCUUGGUACCACCAACUCUGCCGUCGCUAUCAUGGAGGGCAAGGUCCCCCGCAUCAUUGAAAACUCGGAAGGUGCCCGAACCACUCCUUCAGUUGUUGCUUUCGCCGAGGAUGGCGAGCGACUUGUCGGUGUCGCUGCCAAGCGUCAGGCCGUCGUCAACCCAGAGAACACCCUCUUCGCUACCAAGCGAUUAAUAGGACGCAAGUUCAAGGAUGCUGAGGUUCAGCGUGAUAUCAAGGAGGUCCCUUACAAGAUCGUCCAGCACACAAACGGCGACGCCUGGGUCGCUGCUCGUGGCCAGAACUACUCUCCCUCUCAGAUUGGUGGUUUCGUCCUCAACAAGAUGAAGGAGACCGCCGAGGCCUACCUCUCCAAGCCCAUCAAGAACGCCGUCGUCACCGUCCCCGCUUACUUCAACGACUCACAGCGACAGAGCACCAAGGAUGCCGGUCAAAUUGCCGGUCUUAACGUUCUCCGUGUCGUCAACGAGCCUACUGCCGCCGCCCUUGCCUACGGUCUGGAGAAGGAGGCUGACCGCGUUGUCGCUGUCUACGAUCUUGGUGGUGGUACCUUCGAUAUCUCUAUACUUGAGAUCCAGAAUGGUGUCUUCGAGGUCAAGUCCACCAACGGUGACACCCACCUUGGUGGUGAGGAUUUCGAUAUCCACCUCGUCCGCCACCUUGUCCAGGACUUCAAGAAGACCUCUGGCAUUGACCUGUCUGGUGACCGCAUGGCUAUCCAGCGUAUCCGUGAGGCCGCUGAGAAGGCCAAGAUCGAGCUUUCUUCUUCCCUCUCUACCGAUAUCAACCUUCCUUUCAUCACUGCCGACUCCUCCGGUCCCAAGCACAUCAACAUGAAGCUCAGCCGAGCUCAGCUUGAGAAGAUGGUUGACCCUCUCAUCACCCGCACCAUCGAGCCCGUCCGCAAGGCUCUGAAGGAUGCUGGCCUCUCCGCUAAGGAGAUCCAGGAGGUCAUCCUCGUUGGUGGUAUGACCCGUAUGCCCAAGGUUGCUGAGUCCGUCAAGAGCAUUUUCGGCCGCGACCCCGCCAAGUCUGUCAACCCCGAUGAGGCUGUUGCCAUUGGUGCUGCUAUUCAGGGUGCUGUCCUCUCUGGUGAGGUCAAGGAUCUCCUCCUCCUCGAUGUCACCCCUCUGUCUCUCGGUAUUGAGACCCUCGGUGGUGUCUUCACCCGUCUGAUCAACCGAAACACCACUAUCCCCACCAAGAAGUCCCAGGUCUUCUCCACCGCCGCCGAUUUCCAGACUGCCGUCGAGAUCAAGGUCUACCAGGGUGAGCGUGAGCUCGUCAAGGACAACAAGCUUCUCGGAAACUUCCAGCUUGUUGGUAUCCCCCCUGCCCACCGUGGUGUCCCUCAGGUCGAGGUUACCUUCGACAUUGAUGCUGACUCCAUCGUCCACGUUCACGCCAAGGACAAGUCCACCAACAAGGACCAGUCUAUCACCAUUGCUUCCGGUUCCGGUCUCUCUGAGAGCGAGAUUGAGCAGAUGGUUGAGGACUCCGAGAAGUACGCUGAGGCCGACAAGGAGCGCAAGGGUGCCAUCGAGGCUGCCAACCGUGCUGACAGUGUCCUAAACGAUACCGAGCGUGCUCUCAACGAGUAUGCUGACAAGCUCGACAAGACUGAGGCCGACUCUAUCAAGGAGAAGAUCACCACUCUCCGUGAGUUCGUCGCCAAGAACCUCUCUGGUGAGGGCACUGCCACCGCCGCUGAGAUCAAGGAGAAGACCGAUGAGCUCCAGGUUGCCAGCUUGAACCUCUUCGACAAGAUGCACAAGGCCCGCAACGAGAGCAGCGGCGAGCAGUCUUCCUCUUCCGAGCAGUCUCAGGAGGGUGAGAAGAAGGAUGAGAACAAGCCUUAA